GAGACCUCGUCGAGUAUUGAGUGGACCCGUCUGUGCGCCGCGCUCGAACGCGCUUACGUAGCCCAUAUCGACAGCGCACGUGACAAACGCAGCCCACGGCCUCCUGGCACUGCCACUGCCUCGGCCGCCAGCGCCGCCGCGGCCUCCUAGCUAACUGCUGCCAACCCGACUGCGUAGAAUAACGCGCGCGCGCGCGCUUGUGUCAGCGUGACGCGCGUCCUCGCUGCGGAUCGCAGGUGCCGAGUAGUCGCUCUCCUGCGCGGAGAAGGCCGACGCUGCCAGCAGGACCUUCGCGUGAUAUCGGGCGCGUUAUCGUGUGCGCGAUAAGAGCCGAAUCGCGGCUGGCGGGGGCGUCGCUGGCUGGGCGCAGUGCGCGAGAGAAGUGCCGAGCUGAAGCCGCUGCUGCUGACUGCUCUUCGUGUGACGAGCGGGGAAAAAACAUCGGCCGCCAUGGCGCAGACGAGGGACCUCAACGCGGGCAUGCGUUGCAUCAAGUACAUGUUGUUUGUGUUCAACCUACUGUUUGCGAUGACUGGUGUUUUGGUAAUCACUGUUGGAAUAUCUAUUAAUGCAAUCUAUCGUGAUUAUGUUGCAUUUUUGGAUCAUCGCUUUAUUCCACCCACCACACUUUUGGUGGUGACAGGUUUCAUUAUCUUUGUUGUUGCCUUUUUUGGUUGCUUUGGUGCAAUUCGAGAAAGUACCUGUAUGAUCAUGGUGUUUUCAGUAUUGCUUGGAGUUAUAUUUGUAUUGGAAUUCUCAGCUGCAAUUGCUGCAUAUAUGUUGCAUGAUGGGUUAACAAACAUGCUUUUUGAGAAAAUGAAUGCUACUAUGUAUGAUUACUACAGUGAUAUAAAUGCCCAAACCACAGUGGACUUUAUGCAACAGGAGCUACAAUGUUGCGGAAUAACCAAUGCCAGUGACUGGAAUAAUAUUUAUGCAGCACACAAUGAAGAUAGUAGUUUGAUUUCAGCCCUUCCUGAACCUCUCAACCUUAAGAAAAUCCCUGGUUCAUGCUGUGCUGAGUUUUCUGACUAUCUCGAAAACAUGGAGUGCAUACCUUUUGCUGGAGGGUGUCUGAGUCAUAUGAAAUUCUUGGUCGGACAGAGCGCUUUGCUGUUGGCCACAGCAGCGAUGUCCAUUGCAAUACUGCAGCUGCUAGGUGUUAUGUUUGGCUGCUCUCUGGCUAAAUCGAUUCGCCUUCACAAAACAGAGCGCUUACGGCGACGUCAAGAGUUGAGAGAACAGUUAAUCAAUAGCUACACACAACUGGGUACCGCCGAUCCGAAGAAAACAUUCCCUGUGGUGUUUAUGGAUCAUGAGAAUAAAUCAAGCACUGCUUAAAAUAUAAGCACAUACACUUUAUGAUCUUGGGAUAAUUUAAUUCUGCUUUAAAACAAACUAAAGAAGAAACAAUUCUUUAAACAGUAACCAUGUUCAUCAGUGAGAUAAUGAAUUAAGAAUAAUUCAGUUAAAUUGUUUUGUAAUAUAUAAUUUUUGCCAGAUUUAUUCGAAAUGUGAAUGCUUCUUAUGCAAUCAACUUGCCAUAAAGAUUACUGAAAUAAAUGUUUUGAGAAAAUGUUUGUUUGAUGUUUAUUCAGUUUCAAUUACAUUCUUACAGGGGAGCAAUAAUAAAUAUGUAUAAAAUAAAAGUUCAUAGAAUGUUUAUAUUAUUACAUUUGUUAUUCUCUAUUCAUGGAUGUUUGUACAUAUGUUGUAUUUUCAAUGAAGUGUCAUGAAAAAACUCCUUCAGUUUCAGGUACUUAUUAAGGUCUAAUUACACAUUUUUUUCUCAAUUGAAUGCCUAAAUAUUUCUGAGACUAGAAAAACUAUAAUUAUGUACAUUCCUUAAUAAAUAUUUUUUGAUUACUUUCUAAUUCCUAAUUAUUCUUUGGUUACCGAAUGAAAUGGAGCCAGAUUAAAGUACUGUAGGGCCCCGAAGCACAAAACUUUGUUUGGCUCUCUACUAGAAGAAAAUUCUCCAAGAAAUAAAAGACACUAAUUUCAGUACAAUACCUUUUUAGCCCAGAAGCCUAUUAUAUCAACUAUUAUUUCACAGAUUCAAAUAUUUUUUUAAUAUACAGCCCUGAGAUGCAUGCCAUAUUCAAGGUCAUACAUCUCUAAGAUGCAACAAUCUUCUUUUAAGUCAUCAAUUUGGUUGUGUUCCUCUCAGAAUAGCUUAUAGUGACUUAACAGCUUAUAGUGACUGUUGGCAAAGCAACAUUCAAAUCAUAUAUGUGCUUACUAAAUGAAACAUUUCGAAUGUAAGAAAUGUUGACCAAACUGCUAAAAAUUUGUUUAAAAUAAAAAUUACUAUAAUAAUCAAGCAUAUUUAACAGUCUUGAAAAUAUUGUCUUUGAUUUUCACACAUAUUUUUAAUGUUUAAAAUCUUGUGAAUUUUGUCAUUCAUAAUUGUACGAUUUCUACUGUCCACAGUUGGAUGGGGAAGAGAUUUGAAUUAGUUUGCUUUCCAAAUCCAUUUAUGUUAUUGUGUUGAACAAAUGAUGCCAUUCGGAAGUACGUUCAAAUAUUUUACUAAAAUAAGGGGAUGUAUAGUAUAAUGCAUCUUUGUUGUAUCUUUUGAGGUGCAGAAUUUGUAUAAUCCUGUAAUUAUAUUGGUAUUAACUAUUUCAAAAGUUUCAAGUGACAUAAAUGUCAGUAUCAGUAUUGAAGUAGAGAUUCAUGAUCAGUGGUGAAGUAUACAUGUAUCUAAAUGUAUCAGUAUUAAAUUUACAAGCAUCUGUAUAAAUGUAUUUAAAAUAUGUAUUUUUAAUGCUUUCGCAUUUUGUAUCAAAAAUUUGUUUUGAAAUUUUUAUUUUCUAUUGGUGAAAAUAUAAGUUUCAAAACAAAUACUUUCAG